AUGGAGGAGGAAGACUCAAUUCUGGGCUUGGCGCCUGCCCCGCUCCCGUUUCACACGGACGGGGAGGAGUCGGUCUCGGCGAACGGCUACAUGAUAGAUGUGUCCAGCAGUCAGGUGGCUGCAGACGCGGGCGCUGAGGGAGGCAGCGGCUGGAGCUUCGAGCACGCCCUUCGCGCAGCCAGUGCGGCCGCGGAGAAGGGCGACGGCAACGACGCUGAUGCGGGACGGAGUGGUGGCACUGAUGACGAUGAAGAUGGCAGCAGCGACGCCGUUGUCAACGGCGAGAAGCGGGCGGGGGAUGUGAUGGACUUCCGCGACGGUGGCACGUCCUCUGGCGCAGAAGGUCACAUGGAUGACGCUAGUUUGCUGAGCAUUACAGACAAGAAGGCGGCAAAGCGAUUGGGUAAGAAGCUGUACAAGCAGUGGAAGAAACUGCAGAAGGCCUCAAAGUGGAAGAAGGACAGGCACAAAAGCAGCAAGAAGAAGGGCUCCAAAAAGGAGUCAAAGCGCAAGGAAAAGGUGGCCAAGGACAAGAAGGCGCGGGGCAGCAGAAGCAGCAAGAGGAAGGGUACCAAGGCGCGUGGGGACGAGGACAACGAUGCUGGGAACAUGUUCCUGAACAUGGCAGACGGCACGGGUGAGGUGAAUGACGAGUUUGGGUUGGUGCCCGCGGCCGAUCUCUCCGACGCGGCGGCAGCCAUUGAGGCGCGUUUACACAAGGCGUCCCUGCGCGAAUCCAAGAUGCGGGCGGAGAAGGCGAUUAAAAAAGCGGCGCAGCGGAAGACGAGCUCGGCGGAGCUCGUUUCCAUUGCCAAGGAGCUGGUCGGUGCCAUGGCGAAGGCGCGGCAGCUAGACGACGACAUCGUCAGCGGCCGCAGCACUCGCCCCGGCGCCUUUCCGCUCAACCGCGUAGCCCUCAAGAACAUUGUGCAGGCUCGGUGCCGGCAGAAGUAUAUGGUGGGCCCGCUCGUCGAGGCUGGCAUCCUGCAGGAGCUGAGCUACUGGCUCUACGACGUCGACCGCGCUGAUCCAGCUCCGUACGAGCUGCGCACGACGGCACUCGACAUACUAGUCUCUCUGCCGAUGGAAGGUAGCAUCCCGAUGACGGAGGACCUCACCGCGUUCAUGGGUGUGAGCCGCGAGCACCUUAUCAAGACGGACCUAGGUCGCGCUCUCAAUGCGCUUCGCCGCUACAACGACGAGACGAUUGACAACAAGGGUAAGUGCGUGGAGCUGCUGACCUCCUUCAGUCGUGUGAUCAGCGGCACGUCGGAUAAGGACCAGACCGAUGAGCGCAAAAGCAAGGCGGUGUGGAAAUGCCAGCGCGACCCAACGGUGGCUUCGCCCUUUGAGGUGCUCGAGACCUGCUCGGAGGCCUUCCAGAGGUCAUUCAUGAAACCUGACCCGCGUGAUCCGACGUCGUACAACGGUGUGCUGCCAUGGCGGCCGCCGGUGGCAACCAUAACAAACGUUUCAGGUAAGCUGAGCGACUACAUCGAGAAGGCUACCAUUGAUCCACGACGUUAA